CGGUAUUCUACUGCCGAGUAACUAAGUCUACAUCACGAUAAAGCAGUCGGCCCUGUAAAACAAAAGCUAUAUGUUGAGAAAAACAAAUAGCUUGUCUGAGACGAGAUUUGAACUGGGGACAGCCAACCCUCACUGUCUUGGUGACAGGCGCUAUUCGUAUUGUCACCGGGGCCCCCACAGAGGGAGAGCGAUGGAAACAGAAUCAGAGUGAGAAACAAAGAAAGCCCGAGACAGAAGGAAUGAGAGAGAAGAGCACAGAAAUCCAACCCCCAAAAGUUUCACUUCUCUCCCCGCAUCCUGCCUCAUUCUCAUCGCUACUUUCCUCCUCCUCGUCUCUGGAAGACGAAUCAAGAAGAUCCCUGGCGGGCGACAGCAAGCACCGACACUUGCGUUCUUCCCUCAGCGCCUGCGGUUGGCUGGCUGUGCGCGAUCAGGGUCCGACCAAGGCGUAAGAGUCGAGCGCUCGUCAAAAGUUAACCCUCGAUCCCCAACAGAAGCUGGUGGUCUGCAGCUCCUACCGGAUGCAGCAUCGCACGAUUCUUUCAACGUGAUUGCAGCUGCAACGCCGCGCUGUGACGUGUUCAUCUUGCCUGCUUCUGCGACGGUGUAAACAAGCCAACAACAAAUAAAAACAAGCGAAAUAGUCUUUCUCUGGUGCUGACGACUGGUUAACAAAGUUGUCUAUCUGAAAAGACACUGUGUGCAACGUGUAGUAGUGUCGUAGACUUUAAAAAAAAAAGAGGGGGGAGGUAAAUAAAACCUGAACAUCAAAAUGCGAACUACUUCGUUUGAACGGGGCUCUUCCUCGGGGUCUUCAGGCACCAUGAAAGGCCAGCAACCCAGAGACUGGACUCCCGAGAGAGCCUAGUCGCCGUAGGUCGUGAUGUGUUUGUCGUGACAGCCAGCCGCGUGCUAACCGCGUGACGGCGUGCUGGGAUGUGCGGCUAGAGGCAGACUCCAGCCAGGUGUGCGUUUAUUUCAAUCGCAACGAGGACCACGCCGUCAGCAACGUUGGAAAACAAAUUCCCUUUCCCUGCUUCACCAGCUUGUAUACUACAGACUUGAAGCAGCUCGAGUAUCAUAAGGACGCUGAAUGACAGCAGUCUUCCCUACACUCCAUACGAUGGUGAGUGUGGUUCAGCGUGACCGCAGCAGCCGCCGCCGUCAUGAUGUUCAACGGAUCUGCGCCGGACGGGGCCUCGGAGGCCAGCUGGGUGCGUAUUGAGGAGCAUGGUCCGCACUACCGCUUGCAGGGCACGAGUCGCAUGCAGCACGCAGCCGCCAUGGGCUCCGACACGCACCGCCAGGAGGCCUACUACCUCUUCUUCGUCGGCGCCGUGGGCAUCUGCCUCAACAUCCUCGUGGUCAUCAUGAUCUUCGUGCGGCGGACCCUGCGUCGCCUGACCUGCGCCUUUCUCGUUCACGCCUGCUUCCUCAACCUCCUCAAGUCGGCCUACUGCAUCCCUUUCGGGGCCAACCUCUUGUCCAACGCCGCGCCGUCUGACUGUAACUUUCAGGGCUCCUCCUACGUCGUGCUGAUCACCUCCUCGGCCUUCAAUACGGUGGCCAUGAUUUGCUCCGAGGCUUACACGUUCGGAGAGACCAACGUGGGUGGCGACACGCGCGGCUCCGUAUGCUGCGUCCUUUUCGGGAUCCUCAUGGUCUACGUCUGCAGCCUCGUCCUGCACUUGGGCCCCACCCUCAUCGGCGGCUACUUCGAUUAUAACGCCGAGAUCGGCAACUGCUCCUUCCGGUUGGGCCACGUGACUGGGUACGUGGCUCACGUGAUGUGGAUCAUUAUCGUGACGCUGUCAUUGGUGGGUGUGGCCCAUUUUCUGUGCAAGCUGUACAAGGAAAUCCAGGUCAACCAGCCAAACCGCGUUUCCAUGCUGGUGCGCUCUUCUAUCACCAUUAUGGACGACGCCGACGCCAAGCGCUCCUCCUCCAGCAUUCGUGUCAUGGUCAAGGACGCCAGCCACCGGGCCAUGAUCUUCGUCAUCACCGUCCUGGCCUUCUGCCUGUGCUGGUACCCGCUUUUCCUUCUCAUCCUCAUCGACAUGAACUUUAAGGUCUCGCCGAAGGUCUACCAGGCUUUCAGCUUUAUCGCCUGGUCGCAAGGCACCAUUGAGCCCAUUAUUUACAUCUGCUUCGACCGCCACCUCAGCCUCCUCUCGCGCUGGGUCUAUUGCGAUCGCUACAGGCGUUACGACGCUAGCACGCUGGCCUACCUGAUGGCCCAAAAUCGCGGCGACAUCCCGGGUGGUGAGGACAGCCUGCCCAAUGCAAGCGGCGCGGCGGCCUCCGCCACCCAGAACUCCGUCAUCUAUCGGGACGGUUUGCAUAGCUUCCCGCAACUACACCAUGAGUCCGACGACAGCAGCGGGCGCCGUUCGCCUGCCACAGAGUCACACAGUCCAGGGUCCACCGCCGUCCAGGAGGACCUGGAGCCUGCAUAUGGCAACCAUCCGGCGCUGCACUCAAGGGUAUCGGGACAUGCGGCUGGCUCUCGCUCGCCGACUGUUGACAGAACUCGCCCGAACGAAGUGCAGUGUUGACGUAAACGCGUGUGGCUAAGAACUGUAUUCGCAACACACACACACAAACACAAACACUCACACUUCCAGCACUGAUGGUGACGCUGCACUGAAAACAAAAUUCCAGAACGUCAUUAAAAGCAAAGCCAAAAAUAAAAUAAAUAAACUGCUUUUUCUGUUUUGCCGACAGGAGGUACACACCUUGACUGACGCUAAGUUGUGCACCUGACAUGGUCCGGAAUUCCAGCAUAUCAUACUUAGCAGUUUGUGAUAGCAAAGUAACCUUCUACCUGCGCACAAUACAUGGAUUACAUAUUCAUCUGUGUGUGUAUAUAUCAGUAGCCGUUUUGUUCCCUAUUUUAAAAGCUUUUAAAAGCCUUUUUUCAAGCGUACAUCUGCAAUGCGUACGAAAACAAAUGGCGCCAGUAAUGAAAUAUUUGAUGAACCUUUGGUGACGGAAAGUGGCGAUUCACAACUGUUAAUUUUUAAAGUGUGUGUGUGUGGCAGGUGGACGCAUGGCUUCAUUUUUCUGCGUCUGUCUUCUGACAAUUUAGAUGACUAUUCCUCGCCAGGUGUCACACAGCGCCCAAACACCUGGCAAGUCAAGCGCUAGAUAGUGCUGGCAAAUAUUUUUGUAAGGUUUGCAGAGAGAGAUGCAAAGUCGGAUGAAAAACUUUCCCGCCGCCGCAGCCAUGACUGCAUGCCCGUGUGACCUUUGACUCGUGCCUGCUUUGGUUCCAGAACAACAGUUGAAAUUCUUCGCAGUGCGGGAUGGACAAACAAUUCUGGAACGAAUGCUUCAUCCAAGGUCUAAGACGUGGUGAAUCCUCGGAUAGUGUAAGUUUAUGUUUGGUAUCCGAGCACUGAAAAGGCCCGCUGUUCAUAUGGGUUCAUGCUUCGUUAGUCCACGGCGUCUGGUGCCCUACAACAACACGAGUAGACCAAACCUGGCGAGUGGUUUUUGUACUCAUUUCUUCUUCAGGAAUCAGUGCUUUGGCUAUUAGUUAUUUUGUUUCUUGGUUGUAUUCGGGUGUCCCUUUUUUUUCGUCUUCGUUUUAUUGGACUGUUCAUAAAUUUGAUCUCCUUUUUCAUUUUUUCAUUGCUUGUGACCAUGCUUGAAAUAUCCAGGAGAAAAUUCCUAGUGUUCCCUUUUUCGAUAAAAAUCAAGAAAAUGAAAUGCAGUUUCAUAAUACUGUCGACGAUUUUGGAUAAAGAUAGAGUGCUGUGGUACAAUGCGAACUUGCAGCAAUUAAAUCACUUUAAAUACAUUUCUGAAAAAAGAGGGUUGAGUCCUUGCUUACGGUCAUUUUACUCGUCUUUUAAAGGAGUGUUAUAAAUAACGAUGCUUCGCUUCCUUGAUUUUAGUUUUUGUCGCGUGUUUUCAUAAAACAGGUAAACAAGGCCUCUUUAGUAUUUUGUGUCGUUAUAUAUAUAGACAUAUACUAUAAUUUUUCUGACUGGGAAACGAUGAGAUUUCCGGAAUUUACUCUUUUUAUAAAGGUUAAUCCGAUAGCAAAAUGAUCUUCAAAUGAGAUACUAAUUCACAAAAUCUGAGCGAAUAUUUUUUUUCAAUGAGCCUUUGAACACUGCCUUGCCAUUCACAUUUGGAUUGUGGGAAAGAAGUCAACACACUACCGUGACGUCACAAAUAUCUGCUCGCUGAUUGGGCAACGCCUCAUUAGCAUAUGAUCGAUUGCGGCCUUCAGUGGCGUUAGAAGUAGGGAUUAACGUCUAAAUGUUUUUCUAAAAUAAUUGUUUUUAAUUUGCUGCACAUUUCGUUAACAUACCUGCCACUUUGAGUUUAAUUACAUGUUUCACUCGGAUCAGAAAUCGACACUAAAGUCUCAGACUUAGCUCCACUAAAUCCUAUACAACUGUCCUAGCCUAUGCUGUAGGCCAGGCGUUGCUAAGAGCAGCAGCAGUAACAGCAAGCAAAGCUGCAUGCUACACAAUGCAAUCCAUCUUCCUACAGUGCCAGUCCUAUACUUCCAUGUUUAGUGAGCUACUGGCUUUCUCUGCUAUCAAAACAAACCGAUGUUAUAUACAGCCACCUUUCUUUAUCUGCUAGGAUUGAUGAGAACGAAAGUUUUAAUUAAUGGAGACUGAUCUGAUAACUAGCGGAUGAUUGUUAUCAUCGAAUGUAUAGGACUGAUGAAACUUUAUCCGAGGGAAAAUCUUGCACAGUGAAUGAUGAAUGAGGUACAACUUUAGUGGAAGACUUGCCUCGGAUCUCCUGCACUGUGCUGCUGCACAGUUGUCGUGUCUUCGCGUGUGAUUCCUCGGUCCUUUUAUUACCUGCACGCAUCCUGUUGGGUUGCUGCUGCUGUGCUGUGUGAUCGUAACUGCUGACUGUUGAUCGGUCGCAGCAAUGUUUCUGAUAUCCCAAGCGUCAUGCAUUGUUUAUUUUAUUUUGUUCCAAAUUUACAUCUGGACUUUAAGAAUGGUCCGAACAAGGGAGCGUAGGAGGUGAUGUAGAACUAUUUAACACCCCCCACACACACACACCCACACCCACACACACACAUACACACGGGUUGCGGGUUCUAUAUAUCAGGCCGCAGAAACAUACAGUCAAAGCAUGCUUCAACGACGCGCAACAAUUAUUCAACAAUUUUCUGACUACUAAGCAGUUAAAUAUGCCACACGUAUGUUUAGCACAAUGGGGCCUUUUAAUUUUAACACCUACUCUCUUCUCCACCUUUCCGCCCAGUAUGAGUCUACCUGUUCCCCUGCAUUUUCCGUUCUUGUCCUUUAGCGUCAAUAAACAUGGCCUUAAACCUUCCGAUCUGCGAGAAUACAUUAAAGACUUCACGAAACAAAACACUUUGGCAAAAGUGACGAUGGAUGAAAGGAAGUGAGUAGGGCCAUAGGGACUGAAAAGACCGUCAAGACACGGGGGAGUUGUUUUCCCUACAAGACUGACCACUGGUCAGUUCUGCUCCAAGGCUUUCGGGAUUCACUAUAGAGGGUACAAUGUGGAAGAUAAAACAAAGGAUAUGCAGUCUUGAACAGAGGAAAGUUAGAGAAUGAAAAUAAUAGUACGUAUUUACAGUCUCAAUCACACACACACCCACACACGAUAUAAGCAUGAAAGUAAACCCCGACGAUCAUAUCAGAUACGCUAUUUGUGCAAAAAAGUCCAGAAUAAUAAAACAAAUCACUUUGAAUAAGUGGAACAGAUUUCAGACUACUCUUGCUGCAGGAAUGUGUGUUGGUGUGCUAUACCACAAGUUCUUGUGUAUGUUUUUUUCUGUACCCUAGCAUCCAUAGCUUUGUUAUUUGCGAUAGCACUCUAUAUUUUUUCUAUCCUUCCGGGGAAAAAAAAACGCUCAGAGUUAAAACUAUUCGCACACCACUUGUUAUGCACGCACACACACACACACAGGCGUGCACGAACAUACCCCAGUCACCAACACACAGGUACAAGCACGCACGCACACGCUCUCAACACACAUGCACAUAUAUCAUACGUCUUGUACUUAUUACUAAAGUAAUGUUUUCUUAACGGUUCAUUUUCUUUAAAGGUUAAAAUUUAACUACUGUACAAAAUACUGGAUGAACAGCAAAAGAACCACUGAUCUGCACUGCAAUGUACAAAUAAUGUAAUCAGUGAAAUAAAAGAAAUGAAUUUGU